AUGGCCGUGCAAUCUGCUUGCGCUUUUGAUAUCGCACUUUACCACCUCAAACAUCAUUGGUGCUCGUUGAUGUCGAUGACUUUCAUCCAUUCGUUGGACUAUCUGGACGACCUUGAGCAGUUCUAUUGGAUUGGCGGUGGAUACAAACUUAACUACGAAAUGGCUGCAGCUCUGCUGCGGGAACUUUUCGAUUCAAUGAAAGGAAAAGUGAACGGCAGUAGCUCAUUGGUGGGCAAUUUUUUCUUCGCACACGCUGAGACGACGCUCCCUUUGAUGACGUUGUUGGGGUAUGGGGAACGCUCACAUCUGCUGGCAAACUUCACUCAAGCCGAGAUCAAAUCACGGGGUUUCAGAUCAUCAAAACUCUCCCCGUUUGCAGCCAAUAUCGAGUUUCGCUUGUUUAAAAGUAAAACAAAUGACGAAGAUGUGUACGUCCAAAUUCUUGUAAACGAAAAAGAAUCCGAGAUUCCUGACUGUGGACGCGUGUUCUGCAAGUUGUCGGAGCUGGAAAAGCAGUGGGACUACUACUUGAACACGUACGACUUUACGAAAAACUGUGCGUAA